UGAGUUCAGCGUCGAAGCAAUCCGCUACUCGAGGCAAAGUGUGGUUGAAGUGUGAUCGCCGGCGCGCAAAGCAUUUCUCACAAAAUUUCCAAGUCGCUGCAGGGAUCUAUGUCAGCCAUCCGGAUAAGCCCCACUUUAAAGUGGGGUGAGCCCCCCCGCGUUUUCGCGAAUCAUCCACUCUGCUCGCACUCGCAAAAUGUAAGCAGAACCAAGCCUUGCCGGUGGUCAAGACCACUUUUGUUUAAUCGGAUAUCCGAGGGCGUUGAAAUUUCGCAGAUAGAGGCUUUGUCCCGCUGUCUUAGAUUCACCGUGGCAGUGCACUGAUGCCUUGACCGCAGGCAGGACGCCCAUCUACCUUAUAUAGCACGGAUUGUACCGCUUCACUAAGCCCUAUAUCCUCCACCAUCUACUCACCAUGGGGGGUCUUGUAUUUGCAAAUACCUUGACCGAGUCUGGGAAACCCAUUACUACGCCCCGAUUGCCAGUUGAACUAUACAAGGCACUUUGCGCAAAGUACCAGUGCAUUCUAGAAACGCUGUUCCAACGGGUUGUCAUUCCACGCGAUGCUCCAGCUAAGAAAGACUUUGGCGACAUUGAUUACCUAGUCGAAGGUCUGCGACCGCCAAACAACACAAACGACAUCUGGGAAGUGGUACGGCGUGCUCUUAAGGCUGACGCUCAUCUACUGCGCGGUGGUUCAGCUUCGUACGCGGUACCCCACCCAGAGACGGUUGGAGCACACGUCCAAGUGGAUCUCGAGCUCUCCGUUGGAGACGGAACCCCAGAGAGCGCAGAGUUGUUCGAAUGGACGCGUUUCAUGAAGGGCGACUCGGAUUUGCUGCAGAUCAUUGGCGUCACACAUCGUCCCUUGGGUCUGACCUGUACUGACCAGGGAUUGCAUGUGCGCGUGCCAGAGGUAGAGCCCUACCACAAGAGAAAAGCCUCUCUGUUCUUGACACGAGACCCGGAGAAGGCCAUGGAGUUCUACGGUUUGGAUGUCGCCAAGUACUGGGCUGGGUUUGCGGACAUGGAUGAUCUAUUCGACUGGGCAUGCGGCGGGAGGUUCUUCUCAUCCGAAAUGUUUGACGGUCGUGUCGAGAAGCACAACGAUCGAGCACGCCAAGGGAAGAGGCCCAUGUACCGGAAAUUUGUGGAAGAGUACAUGCCUUCACAUGCAGACAAGGGCGCUGGCAAUGCUUGGACGCGAGAGCAGGUGCUCGAGGAAGCCAUCAAGGUCUUUGGCAAACGAGCCGAAUACGAUGCCAUCAUGGAGGAGCAUCAUGUCAAGACGGCUGAGGAGGAGCUGUGGAAGGAGAUCAAGGCCGUGGUGCCGGCCGAGAACAACUCGCUGGCUCUCGCUCUCAAAGGCCUGAGACGCUGGGUUACAUUCGACGACGGGCAACCAGUCAUUACACCGGAGCCAAACCUAGAGGAGCCGCUGACCUGGUCCAAGUUUGUGUCGCCUGACAUCAAGAGCACUGUCCUAGCGUGGGUGCAGGACAACUGGAAAGAAGUCAAAUCCCUGGAGAGGGCGCGUGCAAAUGCAUCCAAGCAGGCCGCGAAAAGUGUCCCAGAACAGGUAGCGCAGCCAUGACGAGGGGAGGAGGCUGACGGGGAACCUCGGUUUGUAGCGUAGUCAUGGUCCAGAGGUCACGAUCAUUUCCCCUCGGGCACCCGCUGGC